UUUCAGACACUAGCAGAGAAGAUGCAGAGAGAAGGUUGAAGUGUCAACAUUUCAGAAGGUUUCGUCACUUUCUGUUGCUCUCCUCUUUAAUAGGAUGUUAAGAAAAUGAAUUAGGGUGAGACAUUCUGAGGACUUUGCUGUGGAGUUCAGCUUCCGUUGCAGACAGAAGAACAGGAGGAAAAGAAACAGCUGAAAAUUUUGGCCCACUGACAAGUCCUGCCCGCCACCACACAACCUCAGAUGGAGGUGGAUGCAGAAGAGAGGAGCCACCGCACACGCUCCAGGGGCAUCCGAGUGCGCCCUGAACCAGCAGUACAGGAGCUCUUCAGCUGCCCGACGCCGGGCUGCGACGGGAGCGGACACGUCAGCGGCAAAUACGCAAGACACCGAAGCGUUUAUGGCUGCCCUCUGGCCAAGAAGCGGAAAACACAGGAUAGGCAGCCACAGGAGCCAGCCCCAAAGCGGAAGCCCUUCCUGACACACAUGGCUGACCACUCCUCUGCAGAUGAGUGCUACGAGACGGAUGGUACAGAAGAGCCCGAGGAGCAGGACCUGGAUGAGGAGUACGAAGAGGCCGAUGGAGAAGGGGGAGAAGAGGAAGAGUUUUCGGAGGACAAUUAUGAGCAAGGAGAUGGUGGUGAGGGUGAGGAGGGCGAAGGAGAGCAGGGGGACGAGCUCGAGACUGAGCAGAUGGAGGAUGGAGUGGAAGGUGAUGAAGAGGAAGGCGAUGAAGAAGGAGAUGAAGAAGGAGACGAGGAGGAGGAAGAUUAUGAAGACCAUGGAGAUGACAAUGGAAACAGUCAGAUAAGUGAUGGACGCACGAAAGCCAGUCAGGUGGCAGAGAAGGACAAUAAUAACAACACGGAUGAGUAUGAAAAUUAUGACGAGCUGGUGGCCAAGUCCCUGCUGAACCUUGGGAAGAUAGCUGAGGAUGCCGCUUACCAGGCCAUGACCGAGUCUGAAAUGAACAGCAACUCCUCCAACAGUGCUGGAGAAGAUGAGGAUGAUGAGGAGGAAGAGAGGACGAAGGCAGCACGCAAAGGAGAGCUGAGUCUGGAUGUGGACAGUGAUGUGGUGCGGGAGACGGUGGACUCCCUCAAGCUGCUGGCACAGGGGCACGGCGCGGUGCUCUCGGACCCGGAAGGCCGAGCUUACCUGGACAGCACGGGGCUGGAGGGCGCCGGCGACGGGGUCCGUCAGGCGGGACGAGUUGUGGGCAACGGACGGGCGGACGAGAGCGAGGAGGAAGUGUGUCUCAGCAGCCUGGAGUGCUUGCGGAACCAGUGCUUUGACUUGGCACGCAAACUGAGCGAGACACAGCCGGCGCCACUGCACCCUCAACACCAAGCUGAGCCACUGCCUCAUCUGCCCCACUCCGGUGGGCAGGAGCACACUUACUCAGAUAUGGUCAACCUGAUGAAGCUGGAGGAACAGCUGAGCCCGGGCACCGGGGGCUUCUCCGACAGCGGCUCUCGGGAAGGCGGACCCAGCCGCUUCCACGGAAGAGAGGAGGAUGCUGCCUCAGUCACGUCGGACCGCUCCGAGGAGACGUUCGACGUGACCAAGGGCAACCUGACACUGCUGGAGAAGGCCAUCGCCUUGGAAUCAGAGCGUGCCAAAGUGAUGAGGGACAGGAUGGCCUCUGAGGGCGUAACCCGACAGGGUGGCCUGCAUGCGCACCACGAGCACAGCCCCAGGAGGAGCUGCGUGGCAGAAGAGCGCAAGGCCAGGCUCCAGCAGGAGGGCGUGAGACGGCCCUAUUACCCUAAAGAGUGCUCCCGGGGGGAGAAGAAGGAGAGCAAGUGCCCCACACCAGGAUGUGAUGGAACGGGCCACGUGACUGGGCUCUACCCCCACCACCGGAGUUUGUCAGGGUGCCCCCACAAGGACAGAGUGCCACCUGAAAUUGUUGCAAUGUAUGAGAAUGUUCUUAAGUGCCCUACCCCUGGCUGCACGGGACGUGGCCAUGUCAAUAGCAACAGGAACUCCCAUCGCAGCCUCUCGGGAUGCCCCAUCGCUGCUGCAGAGAAGAUGGCCAAGGUCCAGGAGAAACACCAGUCCUGUGACGGGAGCAAGUCCAGCCAGGCCUCGGACCGGGUGCUCAGGCCUAUGUGCUUUGUGAAACAGCUGGAGAUCCCACAGUAUGGAUACAAAAAUAACGUCCCCACCAGCACACCUCGUUCCAACCUGGCCAAGGAGCUGGAGAAGUACUCCAAGACCAGCUUCGACUACAACAGCGGCUAUGACAACCACCACCACGUCUAUGGGAAGCGAGCCAUCGCUCCCAAAGUCCAGGGACGGGAUUCUUCCCCAAAGGGAUAUGAUGCCAAGCGCUACUGUAAGAACUCCAGCCCGGCCAGCAGCACCACGAGCAGCUACGCUCCCAGCAGCAGCAGCAGCAUGAGCUGCGGGGGAGGCGGAGGCAGCAGCGCCAGCAGCACCUGCAGCAAGAGCAGCUUUGACUACACCCACGACAUGGAGGCCGCCCACAUGGCUGCCACCGCCAUCCUCAACCUGUCCACGCGAUGCCGCGAGAUGCCCCAGAGCCUGGCCAGCCAGCCGCAGGAGCUCUGUGCACGGAGCCCCGAAACAGAGGUGGAAGAGAACAGCACGCUGGACCUUAGCAUGAGCAAACUCCGUGACGGACACGAAGGCAGCUGUGCCAUCCUAACGCCGCUGGAGCCCAUGUCCCCCCAGCGGCAGGCCCUCCUCAGCAGCAGGUGCUACCAGAUGGGCGAGACCGACUGCUGGGACCUGCCCGUGGAGCACACCAAAAUCAAACGCGUCGAUGACGACGACCCCAAAGAGCCAGACGAACUGGACCCAUUCCAGGACCUUCUGGAGGACCGCCAGUACCCCGGAGAAGUCACGAUUCCCAGUCCCAAGCCCAAAUACACCCAGUGCAAGGAGGGCAAGAAGGAGCUGAUAACCCUUUCAGGAUGUCCCAUGGCUGAUAAAAGCAUUCGGAGUAUGAUGGCAACCAACUCACAAGACCUCAAGUGCCCCACGCCCGGAUGUGACGGUACAGGGCACAUCACUGGGAACUACGCCUCCCACAGGAGCCUGUCUGGCUGCCCUAGAGCUAAGAGGAGUGGAAUAAAGAUAACGCAUAGCAAGGAGGACAAGGAGGACCAGGAGCCUAUCAGGUGUCCAGUCCCCGGCUGCGAUGGGCAGGGCCAUGUUACAGGGAAAUAUGCAUCUCACCGCAGUGCAUCUGGCUGCCCCCUGGCAGCUAAGCGGCAGAAGGACGGCUAUAUGAACGGCUCUCAGUUUUCCUGGAAGUCUGGGAAGACCGAUGGAAUGUCGUGUCCCACCCCUGGCUGCGAUGGGUCGGGACACGUGAGUGGGAGCUUUCUGACCCACCGCAGUCUUUCUGGUUGUCCCCGGGCUACAUCUGCUAUGAAGAAAGCCAGACUGUCCGGAGUGGAAAUGCUAACAAUAAAACAGAGGGCUAGCAAAGGGAUAGAAAAUGAUGAAGAAAUUAAACAAUUGGAUGAAGAAAUCAAAGAUCUAAAUGAAUCAAACACGCAAGUGGAGUCUGAUAUGAUUAAACUCAGAACACAGAUCACCACAAUGGAGACAAACCUGAAGUCUAUAGAAGAGGAGAACAAGGUGAUUGAACAGCAGAAUGACUCCCUGCUGCAUGAGCUGGCCAACCUCAGCCAGUCAUUGAUAAACAGUUUAGCUAAUAUCCAGCUCCCACACAUGAAGCCGCUGCCACACAGAGAGGCUCCUAUUAGAAAUAACAGCUGUUUACAGAUCCAUCAGAGCGAGCCCAUGAAUGAACACAACUUUGAUGCAUAUGUGACCACACUAACAGACAUGUACACACAUCAGGAUCAGUACCAGAGUCCGGAGAACAAGGCCCUACUGGAGAACAUAAAGCAAGCAGUGCAAGGAAUCCAAGUGUAG